AUGAAUGCGCAUCUUCAGUAUCCGGCAAUCAGAAUAUCGCGCGAUGAACAUGCUACAAGCGACCAUCAUUUCCAGUAUAACUGGAUUGAUGGCGCCGAGUCUCUGGAAAGGUACAAUCCCGGUGGGUAUCAUCCCAUCCGAUACCGCAUCGUGGACAAGCUGGGUUUUGGAGGUCAUUCGACUGUUUGGCUUGCUCGAGACACUCACCUGGAGAACUAUGUUGCUCUCAAAGUCGGCAUAGCGGACUCGAUUUCCCACGAGACUAAGAGUCUACGAGCUCUUUCGGCGCCAAAGCCAUCUUCACUAUCAUUUGAACAUCAAGGACGCACCUCAAUCCCCUUUCCCCUAGACGAAUUUGAGCUGCAUGGUCCCAAUGGAGUACAUCGAUGCUACACGAUGAGCCCCGCACAAUGUAAUCUCAAUGAGGCUUCUUAUAGCCGUCUAUUCCCUCUUGAUGUUACGCGAGCACUCGCUGGCGGACUGACAAUGGCCAUUGCAUAUAUACAUUCACAAGGCUUCGUUCAUGGAGAAUACGGCACACCUGAGACAGUCCCUAUUACACAGCGCAAUGGGGAACCGCUUCCACCCAACGUCCCAACAGAGGCAGUAAUACCACUCUGGCUCGGAAAGUACGCAGGAGAGUUCUCUCUAUCAGACACACAAGUGCUUCUUAGUGAUUUUGGGGAGGCAUUUGCCCCAGCCUUGGAGCUUCGCCGUGGAGAAGACUGCCACGCACCACUACCCAUGCGGGCCCCAGAAGCCCGAUUCGAGCCAAAUACCCCGCUGUCAUAUCCAUCAGAUAUAUGGAGUCUGGCCGUAGCGAUCUGGGAAAUUAUUGGUAUGAAGGCUAUUUUCAACAGCGAAUUAGUGACUGCAGAUGAGAUUGUCUCUUCGCAAAUCGAUGUAUUGGGUCCCAUGCCUUCGGGCUGGUGGAAGAACUGGAAGGAACGUAGUAAGUUCUUUGAUGAGGUUGGACGCCCAAAUGAGGGUCGGUAUGUAUGGCCUUCGAUUGACGAGGCAUUUGAGGAAGGUGUGCAGAAGUAUCGACGGAAGCUUGGAAUGGGUGUGUUUGGUAAGGAGGAAGCAGGUGCCAUUUUGGAGUUGAUGCGCUGGAUGUUGGAAUUUCAGCCAGAGAAGCGACCAACGGCUCAGGAUGUUCUCGAGUCGGAGUGGAUGGUCAAAUGGGCAUUGCCUGACUUUGGGCGGAGUUUGCAGGUAAAGUAG